CACACACACCUACACAGGGCCCUGAUGGAGCCUACAGCCUCCGAGGUACACACACACACCUACACAGGGCCCUGAUGGAGCCUACAGCCUCCGAGGUACACACACACACCUACACAGGGCCCUGAUGGAGCCUACAGCCUCCGAGGUACACACACACACCUACACAGGGCCCUGAUGGAGCCUACAGCCUCCGAGGUACACACACACACCUACACAGGGCCCUGAUGGAGCCUACAGCCUCCGAGGUACACACACACACCUACACAGGGCCCUGAUGGAGCCUACAGCCUCCGAGGUACACACACACACCUACACAGGGCCCUGAUGGAGCCUACAGCCUCCGAGGUACACACACACACCUACACAGGGCCCUGAUGGAGCCUACAGCCUCCGAGGUACACACACACACCUACACAGGGCCCUGAUGGAGCCUACAGCCUCCGAGGUACACACACACACCUACACAGGGCCCUGAUGGAGCCUACAGCCUCCGAGGUACACACACACACCUACACAGGGCCCUGAUGGAGCCUACAGCCUCCGAGGUACACACACACACCUACACAGGGCCCUGAUGGAGCCUACAGCCUCCGAGGUACACACACACACCUACACAGGGCCCCGAUGGAGCCUACAGCCUCCGAGGUACACACACACACCUACACAGGGCCCCGAUGGAGCCUACAGCCUCCGAGGUACACACACACACCUACACAGGGCCCCGAUGGAGCCUACAGCCUCCGAGGUACACACACACACCUACACAGGGCCCCGAUGGAGCCUACAGCCUCCGAGGUACACACACACACCUACACAGGGCCCCGAUGGAGCCUACAGCCUCCGAGGUACACACACACACCUACACAGGGCCCCGAUGGAGCCUACAGCCUCCGAGGUACACACACACACCUACACAGGGCCCCGAUGGAGCCUACAGCCUCCGAGGUACACACACACACCUACACAGGGCCCCGAUGGAGCCUACAGCCUCCGAGGUACACACACACACCUACACAGGGCCCCGAUGGAGCCUACAGCCUCCGAGGUACACACACACACCUACACAGGGCCCCGAUGGAGCCUACAGCCUCCGAGGUACACACACACACCUACACAGGGCCCCGAUGGAGCCUACAGCCUCCGAGGUACACACACACACCUACACAGGGCCCCGAUGGAGCCUACAGCCUCCGAGGUACACACACACACCUACACAGGGCCCCGAUGGAGCCUACAGCCUCCGAGGUACACACACACACCUACACAGGGCCCCGAUGGAGCCUACAGCCUCCGAGGUACACACACACACCUACACAGGGCCCCGAUGGAGCCUACAGCCUCCGAGGUACACACACACACCUACACAGGGCCCCGAUGGAGCCUACAGCCUCCGAGGUACACACACACACCUACACAGGGCCCCGAUGGAGCCUACAGCCUCCGAGGUACACACACACACCUACACAGGGCCCCGAUGGAGCCUACAGCCUCCGAGGUACACACACACACCUACACAGGGCCCCGAUGGAGCCUACAGCCUCCGAGGUACACACACACACCUACACAGGGCCCCGAUGGAGCCUACAGCCUCCGAGGUACACACACACACCUACACAGGGCCCCGAUGGAGCCUACAGCCUCCGAGGUACACACACACACCUACACAGGGCCCCGAUGGAGCCUACAGCCUCCGAGGUACACACACACACCUACACAGGGCCCCGAUGGAGCCUACAGCCUCCGAGGUACACACACACACCUACACAGGGCCCCGAUGGAGCCUACAGCCUCCGAGGUACACACACACACCUACACAGGGCCCCGAUGGAGCCUACAGCCUCCGAGGUACACACACACACCUACACAGGGCCCCGAUGGAGCCUACAGCCUCCGAGGUACACACACACACCUACACAGGGCCCCGAUGGAGCCUACAGCCUCCGAGGUACACACACACACCUACACAGGGCCCCGAUGGAGCCUACAGCCUCCGAGGUACACACACACACCUACACAGGGCCCCGAUGGAGCCUACAGCCUCCGAGGUACACACACACACCUACACAGGGCCCCGAUGGAGCCUACAGCCUCCGAGGUACACACACACACCUACACAGGGCCCCGAUGGAGCCUACAGCCUCCGAGGUACACACACACCUACACAGGGCCCCGACGGAGCCUACAGCCUCCGAGAUUCACAGGGGAAGUUCUGGUGCGUGGGAGAGGAGUCCGCAGUGGUGUGCAGCGGGGACACGCCCACCUACUUCCUGUUUGAGCUGUGUGACUACAACAAGAUGGCGGUGCGGGCGCCGGGGGGGCGGUACCUUAAAGGGGACCACGCCGGGGUUCUGAAGGCCAACGCUGAGGGGGUGGACAACGCCACACUCUGGCAGUACUGACCACCCUAUAAAGUUGACAUACAUCAUUCUGGGUGACAUCAAUUACCCCACCGUAGAAAUCCUUUAAAUAAGUAGACUCCGUCUGUUAUGACUUUAUAUGGGCAUAUAGAAUGUAUAGAAUAAAAAGGAACGUUUCAGACCUUCCUGAGUCUGAGGGUGGUUUAAACCUUCCUGAGUCUGAGGGUGGGUUUAACCUUCCUGAGUCUGAGGGUGGUUUAACCUUCCUGAGUCUGAGGGUGGUUUUAACCUUCCUGAGUCUGAGGGUGGUUUUAACCUUCCUGAGUCUGAGGGUGGUUUUAACCUUCCUGAGUCUGGGGUGGUUUUAACCUUCCUGAGUCUGAGGGUGGUUUUACCCUUCCUGAGUCUGAGGGUGGUUUUACCCUUCCUGAGUGUGAGGGUGGUUUUACCCUUCCUGAGUCUGAGGGUGGGUUUUAACCUUCCUGAGUCUGAGGGUGGGUUUUAACCUUCCUGAGUCUGAGGGUGGUUUUAACCUUCCUGAGUCUGAGGGUGGUUUUUAACCUUCCUGAGUCUGAGGGUGGUUUUACCCUUCCUGAGUCUGAGGGUGGUUUUAACCUUCCUGAGUCUGAGGGUGGUUUUUAACCUUCCUGAAUCUGAGGGUGGUUUUUAACCUUCCUGAAUCUGAGGGUGGUUUUUAACCUCCCUGAGUCUGGGGGUGGUUUUAACCUUCCAGACUUGGACUUGUAUCAACUCACCACCCAGGGCUUUUACUUGUGACAUGUAGUUAAAUGCACUAAAGAGGAACAAUGGCUCCAUAAUGAAGACGCACAUCUCUAGAGUCUUUUAACGUGUCUGUUUUCAGAGGAUAAAGAUACGAACAUUAACGACGUCAUAGUUUUAGAACACUAUAACAAUAUGGAAGAAAAUGAAACGGAAUCUUCAAAAGAACCAAAUAUCCGUAGAAACAGAAACCCUAUGGAACAAUCCUUGGAUAGCUUUUCACAAUUCACGGAUACGUUGGUCCACAUGGAAAACUAAAGGCGUUUUCAUGAAACAAUUUUUGAAAAAGCAAUUACAAUUUAAACAUGCAACUUUAAAAAAAAAGUUUAUUUCAUCAAAUGUCGAUUUUUUAAAAUAUUUUGGACAUCAGAGAGAAUCUUAUUUGAGUCAGAAAACGAUGUUCAUAUGAUAUGGAAGAUGUACACUACCGGUCAAAAGUUUGGACACAUCUUCUCAUUCAAGGGUUUGUCUUUAUUUUUACUAUUUUCUACAUUGUAGAAUAAUAGUGGAGAAUAGUGAAAUAACACAUAUGGAAUCAUGUAGUAACCAAAAAAGUGGUAAACAGAUCAAAACAAAUAUUUUAUAUUUGAGAUUCUUCAAAGUAGCCUGUAGAAAAUAGUAAAAAUAAAGAAAAACCCUUGAAUGAGUAGGUGUUGUAAAACCUCUGACCGGUAAAACCUCUGACCGGUAAAACCUCUGACCGGUAAAACCUCUGACCGG